AUGACUUCUUUUGGUGCUACUAACAUUAUUAGAGAUAAUUUUAUGCCGACGUUUAAGAUUCAGGGCCAAAUUUAUCAUCAAGCAGGUUCGUUAUUGCCAUACCCCGACGCUGAUUAUAAAUUUUUGCAAAUUUAUUUUAUUGGUGAUGAAAAUAGUGAAUUGGAUCAACGUUAUGCAAUUGCUUUGAAUACAAGACGAGAAAUUAUUUGUGAGUUACAAAGGUUUUUCAAUCAGAAUAACGCAUUAGUUCAAUUGUUCAAAAUUGCUCUCGAUCGUAUGCCCUCUGAUCAUCACAAAAUCGUAAUAAGGGCUGAUAGAACACCUUUUGGAGAGCAUGAAAGGCGAUUCAAUGCACCGACAAUUGAUGAGGUUGCAAUUGUAAUUCGUGGUGAUCAGUUUCAAUCGCAUGAUAUUAUACUUCAUCGUAGAAAUGACCAAUUGCAACCUGUUUCGGAACUUUAUCGUAGUUACGACGCAUUACAAUACCCAAUAUUGCAUUGGAAAGGUGACGAUGGCUAUAAUAUAAAUAUGCCAAUGAUUGAUCCACGAACAGAAGAAGUAUUAGUUAACGUGAGUGGCCCAAAAUCAUUUCAAGAAUUGAGAACACUCAACGGUCAUUUGUGUGAAGCAUACCGUGAAGCAUGCCAACUUUUGCAUUUGUUGGAGGAUGAUGCUCAUUGGGAUUCAACACUUAAUGAUGCAUCUAUUUUGGCUCAUCCUCAACAAAUACGCAUGCUGUUUGCCGUUAUAUUAUCAACAUGUAUGCCAUUAAAUCCACUUGAAUUAUGGAAAAAAUAUAAACAUAAUAUUGCAGAAGAUGUUUUAAUUCGUAUGCGUCAUCAUGCAAGAAAUCCUGAUUUGCUGAUAACUUUGGAAAUGUACAACGAAGCUUUGAUAAUCAUUGAAGAUAUGUGUCUACGGAUUGCAAAUAAAACAUUAGUACAAUUGGGUAUGACCGCACCAAAUCGUGACAUGCAUGAUCUGUUUGAUCGUGAAUUGCAACGUGAGCAGGAAUUCAAUUCUAAUGAUUUGCGUUUAUUUGUACAAUCGGAUAUAACCAAAAUGAAUAUUCAGCAAAAACAUGUCUAUGACACAAUCAUGCAAGCCAUUUCCAAUAAUGCAGGUGGGUUAUAUUUCUUGGAUGCACCUGGUGGUACAGGCAAAACGUUGGUUAUAUCACUGAUUUUAGCCACUAUUCGAUCGGAACAGAAAAUUGCAUUGGCACUUGCAUCUUCGGGAAUUGCUGCUGCAUUAUUAGAAGGUAGUCAGACAGCACACUCUGCAUUAAAAUUGCCAUUGAAUGUACAGGUGAUUGAAACUUCAACUUGCAAUAUUUCAAGAAAUUCUGCUAUGGCAAAAGUUCUGCGAUUAACGUCAAUUAUUUUAUGGGAUGAGUGUACAAUGGCGAAUAAAAAAUUACUAGAAGCAUUUAAUCGAACAAUGCAAGAUUUACGUGGUAACCAACAGCAUUUUGGUGGUGCUUUGAUAUUACUGUCAACAUUGCCUGUCAUUCCUCGGUCAACUCCUGCUGAUGAAAUAAAUGCCUGUUUGAAGUCAUCAGUUCUUUGGAGAUAUGCACAAAAAUUGACACUGAACAUUAAUAUGAGUAUUCACCUACAAAAUGAUCCAGCUGCCCAUGAGUUUUCAAAACAAUUGGUACAAAUUGGUGAUGGCAAAAUACAAAUCGACAGAACCAACGGAUUGAUUACUAUACCGAACAAUUUUUGUACAAUUACGAAAUCGAUAGAUGAAUUGAUUGAUUGUGUUUUUCCAAAUAUUCUUCAGAAUUACAGAAACUAUGAUUGGUUGAGAGAACGCGCCAUUUUAGCACCGAAGAACAUUCAUAUCAAUGCCAUUAAUUUUCAAAUUCAAGCAAAACUCCCAGGCGUAGUCACGACAUAUAAAUCAAUUGACAGUGCUAUGAAUCAAGAUGAAGCAAAGAAUUAUCCAACUGAAUUUUUAAAUUCAUUAGAACCGGCUGGUAUGCCACCACAUUGCUUGAAUCCGAAAGUGGGUUCUUUGAUUAUAUUAUUGCGAAAUAUCAAUUCACCAAAACUGUGUAAUGGCACCAGAUUGGCAGUGAAAAAUUUAUUGCCAAAUUUGAUUGAAGCUACGAUCUUAACUGGUAAAUCAAAAAGAGGAAGUUUGUUUAAUACCGCGUAUCCCUAUGAUUCCAACUGA